GUAUCUCUUUUAUCAAGUCCACUGCUAUAACUGCUGCAAAUUGUUCAAGAAAAAAUGGUCGAACGCAUGUCGGUCAGCUUCGGAGUACUACGAGCGUCCGGUCGACCGGCGACUGGCCACGAAAGGUAACGACCUUGAUCGCUGGCAACGUCCUCGACAUUCCCGCAGGAUAGAAACGGAGGUGGGUAGAACGAUAGACGCUCGAUUGGUCGUGGCACAGCCCGCGAUCGGCCAGGCUCGACUGUCGGUGGACAGCCGCCACUCCGUUAUCAUCGUUGCUGGACGCUCGCGUGUCUUCGAAUCUGCAAUGUGAACGAACCACUCGUCAAGAUGUCGUAAAAUUACACAAGAGUGUCAUCAAUUUUCGGGACUCAAGGCAAGGAACCAAGAUCCUCGAUUCACGAACCCACUCAAAUCUUUGUUGAACGCUACGAAGAAUUGUCGUCGCAGUUUGGAUCAUUAAUUUGGAGGAGUGUUGCCAAAAUUUUCAAAAUCGACUCCUUUCGUUUCGUUAAUUUCCCGUGGUCAAGAACUCGGUGUACACUUCGCGCAGUUCUCGUGCAUUCUUCGUGUUCUUUCGUACGUUCGACAGGGCAGUUUUCGGUCCGCAGUGUCGCGGUCUUGCGAUUGCUACCUGUUGAUCGCGUCGCCGACGCUCGACCAUAGCAAAAUGUGCAGAUCGUUAGCACCCGUUGUCGUCGGUUGAUUUCGUCGACUGUUGUGUGCAAACGAGGCGUGGCGAGAACUGCUGACAAGUUACUGGACACGUACCUGUGUUCGUCGGAUGGUGAAUUCGCAACUGAGACGACGCUGUAUGCGGUUUUUGCUUCGGAAACGAGUGUACUGCGAGAGGUCGACCGCGAACCAGCUGCUUCCAGCUCGAAAUUGUUUGCGAUACAUCGCCGUCAAUUCACUCUGUCCAAAAAAUGAGCGCGCAGACGCUCUAACUUAAAAUCAAUCUGCACACCUCGAGAAUCCAUCGAACCAUGUUACCCUCGUCGAAGCUGCUCCAUCAGGCGGAACCGACGGAUCCCGAUGUCGUUGCAACCGCUACCUGCAGAACUCCGGCGAACGGAUCCGUCACGCAAUCGACGAUCGCGGUCGACGACGACGCUGAGAGAAACGACGACGACGACGACCCACCGCCUUACAGCGCGAUCGUGCCGCCGAAUCACGUCGGAUGGUCGCACGACUUUUCGGGGAAUUGGUAUUCAGCGUGCAAUGCAGCAUCCUACAGGGCGGACGCAACUCCGCUGGCCUGCUUCCAAUCCGGGCUGACGUCGCCGGGCUUCGAUUCCUAUCCAGAGAGAACCGAUCCCGGCCAACACGCAUCGAUCUCGAUGCCUUUAAUGCCUUGCAGGCUGUUCAUGUGCGGCUCUCGCAGGUCUCUGUUCGCGCAAGAAGGCUUCACCGACGACAUCUCCACGAGCAAGGACACCCGCGGAACGAGGCGGAAAUACGGCGCCAUUUUGGUCGGUGCGGCGAUGAUUGUUUUCCUCAUGGUCUUGUCGUUGCUGGUACGGUUCGUUAUGGACAAACAUCUUUGGUAUGGCUAACCAAGAACUAUUGCAUACCGACGAUAAGACACUGCAUCGUUCGUUUUUGAUCUAGACUGAAUCUAUAGUGAGCAUUAUCGCGACAUAAUUCCUUGUCGAUUGCGUUGACGCAACAACAAGUAAUUAGAGCGGAAUGAUUGUCACGGAGAACCAUUUGAAUUCUUGUGAACAGUGUGUGAUUUAAUCCUUCGAUUUAUCGUGGCAAAUAAACGUGAUGUUUGUACGUAUUUAUGGAAA